CUGUUGGAACGUGUAGAGUUGGACCUUGGUGAAGAAUGCAAACGUCAAGAUGCUCUAGCUCAAUGGUUAACACCGGAACCCGAUCCACGAGAAGGCAUAAACGGGUUCGGUUCUGUGAAUCCGUCCUCACCAAAGAAUACAGAGCAUAUUUAUAUCAAAGAUUUUUCUCGGUAG